GGCAAUUCCGAAUUGACUGUCUUAAAAAGUCUUGAUUUUAGUUUUCCAUAUAAUUUUGUAAAUAUUGGGAUUCACUAAUAAAUCCUAUUUGUAAGCAUUAUCCACAAGAAUGGCCGACACAAACAUAACACCAGCAAAUGAAAUAACAUUCAAUGAAAUAUGUUUAUUAUUUGAAAAAUUGUAUAAAAGAAAAAAACAAAGACAGGAACAAAAUAAAAUUUUGAUGAACUUUGUUAAUGAAUUCAGAUUGAAAGUAGCGAAAACUAUUGGAAAAAAGAAUACAACCUUCUAUCCUAUACUAAGACUGCUACUUCCGCAGUGCGAGCGCGAGAGGAACCCUUACAAUCUAAAAGAGACGAAGCUAGGGAGGCUAUUGGUGAACGUCCUUGGGCUCAACAAACAGUCUGACGUAGCUCAGAAACUGUUGAACUUUCGAGCUGUAAACAGUGGUUCAAAUGACAGUGAUUUCGCGAGCGUCGCAUACUUUGUAUUAAAGUCUAGAAUAGGCCAAGAUGCGUCGACCGUGAGUGUUGGUGUAGUGAAUGAAGUGCUACACACUAUUGCUUCAGCCGAAACGGGCAAUAAAGGACCUGUUCUCGACGAGUCGUUCAGUUAUCUGAUGAAAAAGUUAAACGCAGCAGAGUUCAAAUGGAUACUGCGGAUAAUAUUGAAGGAUUUGAAACUAAGUAUGAGCACGCAGCGCAUUUUGGGCGCUUUCCAUCCGGACGCACCAGAGUUCUUCCAAAACUGUAAUAAUAUUCAGAAGGUGUGCGAAGAGUUUGAGGACGGUGACAUUAGGCCUUUGGAACUGGGCGUCCAAAUCGGAUACGCGAUCUGUCCCAUGCUGUCCGAGAGAAUGGACGUCACGGACGUACAUCAACUGUCGCCAGACAAAGCUUAUCAGGUUGAGGAUAAAUUUGAUGGCGAAAGAUUUCAGAUGCACAUGGAAAACGGAGUGUUCAACUAUUUCUCACGCAAGGGUUUCUCGUACGCCGACAACUACGGACAGACAUACGAGUCGGGCUUGCUCACGCCGUACCUGAAGGAUUGUUUGAACAGUAACGUCAAAAGCGUCAUACUCGAUGGAGAAAUGAUGGGAUGGCAUAAAGAGAAGCAAUAUUUCGGAUCCAAAGGUUACUCGUACGACAUCAAGAAAGUAACAGAUAACUCGUCGUAUCGCCCCUGUUUCUGCGUAUUCGACGUGCUCUACUACAACGGCCGUUGUCUCAUCGGACCCCCCGAGAAAGGCGGAGUUACUCUCAGAGAUAGACUGAAGGUACUGGACACUGUAUUCACCGAUGUGGUCGGCGUUAUACAGAUCAGUAAACGGAAGAUUGUCAAAGAUAGUUCCGAAGUACUAGAAGGUCUCAAUACGGCUAUCGAGAACCAAGGCGAGGGCAUCGUGGUCAAAGACUUGGACUCCUACUACAUUGCCAACAAACGAAACGCCGGCUGGUAUAAGAUAAAACCAGAGUACACCGAGGGCGCGGUGACGGACCUCGACUUGGUGAUAGUGGGCGCGGACGAGGCGGAGAACAAGAGGCAGGGCCGCGCCAAGAGCUUCUACGUCGCCUGCCUCGACCACGCAGAGGGAUCUGAACGGUGGGUGUGCGUGGGUGGAGUCGCGUCAGGUCUGACUUUCGACGAGAAGGAGCGAGUCUGCGCGUUCCUGGAACCCAACUGGAACACCAGCAAGAAGAAACCCCCGCCAUCGGAUAUACACUUCAACAGACUCAAGCCCGACUUGUGGAUAUUGCCUGAACAUUCUAUUGUACUCCAGAUCAAGGCGUCAGAGCUGAUCCGCAGCACGUACUGUGGCGCGGCGUACACGCUGCGUUUCCCGCGCAUCACCGCCGUGCGCGACGACAAACCCGUACGUGACGUCAUGACGUUGGACGACUACAACAGACUUGUUGCUAACAGCAAUCCAGUAGAGAAAUUAUGCACGAAACGCAUAAACGAGUCGGAAAUCGAGCAGUUCGGUGUGAAAACUCGGCGGACGCGCGCGGCCAAGGUCAUACAAGUUCCUGAACAAUUCCGAGCGGUGCCGAAGAGAGACGUAGAAGUGACGUCACAGGCGCUGCGCGGACGCAAGAUUUGCGUGCUCUCUGAUGACGAAGACUGCAAGAAGAUUGAGCUGAUUAAUAUUAUAGAGUCCCAUGGUGGAAAACAUGUGGAGAAUAUUGGUUCGGACACAUGGUGCAGCGUGGCAGGACAGUCGUCUUUCCGUGUUCGGAAACUGAUCGCCUCUGGCCAAUACGACAUAGCGCCGACAUCAUGGCUCAGGUCUUUACCAAAAUCGGAUUCACCAUGCAACAUAGCACCCCUAGACAUGCUCUCCAUAAAGAAAGAGACGGAGCUACAGCUGUGCCAUAUGUACGACGAGUACGGAGAUAGUUACACGGAGUUUACCGACGAAGCUACGCUUAGGAAAUGUUUCCAGAGGAUGGAUAAGGAGCCACCAAUCUAUUUGACGACCAAAGAGAAACUACAACUUGACUCCGAGUUGUUUGGGGAAGGCCCAAAUCCAUUCUCAUAUCUACGCCCCUGCAUUAUUUACUCCAAGAAUCCUUUAUACAGUCUCCUAGCUAAACUAAGACAGGCUACGAUAACCGAUGACAUGCAAUAUGCUACUCACAUAGUUGUACCUCAAGAAAUUGAUGUGAAGGAAAUGGAAAAUAAGAGACAGGAAAACGCAAAAAUAGUGACCGAAGACUGGCUAGAAGCGUGCUUUGAAAGUAAUAAAAUGGUGGACGAAGUAGAUUUUUUACUAACUGAAGAUAGAAAUAAACGAUGAUAUCUAU